GGGAUGUUACAGAGCCAAUGAGCACAAUAUCCACCGUAAGGCACCCUACUAAUGAGCAUAAAAGCACUACUUUACCGAGUGUUGAUAAAUUUACGCACCACGCUUCUUCAACUGGACAUCGUAAUAUAAUGAAACUAACUAUUAGAGAAAAUGUAACAGAGAAAGUUUCUGCAAAAACCAAUGCCCAAAAUAAACAAAUUCUCGAGUUUAGUAACGCGCCUAUGACUCUGCCAUUUCAUGAAACAUCGACUUCGACUCAUCACGUAACUAAGCAUACAACUAAAUCCCUGGAAUCAGUUACAGAAGAGACGCCUGUGGUUAUUACCUUCAUCCUUACACCUGAAGAAGUGUUCGAAACGGAACCUUCCUACAAACCACAGAAUUUUGUAAGUCUAACCCCUUUUGAAAUUUCCUCUGAGAAAAUGAGAUCAGAGGAUGAAAACUUGGAAAUCUGGACAUCUGAAAGCCCUACCUUAACGACACAAAGUAUUCAGACUGAUCAGUUUGGACCACUCAAAGACAUAGAUCUGGACAAUAUAAUGUUAAAUGACACCGAAACCAUUGAGCCUUUUACAUCGAGUCACGUCUCCACGUUUUCAACUAACGCGACAUACCGAGUCACGAACGAAGAAACCAUACCAUGGGAAGCUCCCAUGUACACCAAUGCAGUUUCAGUGGCAACACCGGCGACUGUGCAAUCGAGUGAGAAUCAUCCGGACCGAUUUCGCCACCGAAACGAAACCGACAUAAAUAAGAUUUAUUUAUUAAAAACAAAUCGUACUCACCUGCUUGAAAGAUUUACCACCGGUCAAAUCAAUACAGAAGUAUCUGCCGAGGAAAGAAUAACCAUAAGACCUCCGCCCAAAAGUUCUUCUGGUUUCGAUCUCACAUUUUCAUGGGUUACUGAAAAUGUCCCCAUUACUGAAGUCAGUUCGAAAUAUGAGUCUCGCACCUUAUCUACGAUUGAGUCAUCGGACAUUGUUACGAUGGUACCCCCAAUCAUUACACAAUUGCAACUCGAAACUGAGCCACCAAAAUCGACUAGUGAAUGGCCGGCACAGAUUAAAACUUUCGAAGUGAGCCUCACACAUGGGACCACUACUUCCGGUUUAACCGAUGUAACGCCUACUUAUGCCGAAGAAGAAUUUACUCAUGAUCCUCAUAGUGAUUCUUCUGACAUUUUUAAAAUUGACGAUACGUCCCCAGAAGAAAACGCGCAUUCACCGUUUGUAACAGUAGAAGAAAUUUCAACAGUGGAACCAUCUAAUUACAUGGAUACCGACGAAAUACAAGAAUCAACUUACGAACAUGUGCCAGUAAGUCAUACUGCAAAGUUUCCACAAUUUCAAACAUCCAUUGAAGAGGUCACUCAACAUUUAAGCUAUGAGAUUUCUAAAGAACAGUUUGCAACGGAGCGAACAGUUGAUAAAAGCAGCAGUGGUUUUUUGACGUUGGCCACUUACCACGUGCCAACGGAAGAACAGACCACUGAAAUCAAAGAUUUUACUCACGAGCCUGUGAAAUCGACUAACGAACCAUACGUUCCAGAAAUUAACACUCAAAGCCUUCAUGAAUCUUCAACGGAAGAGACAUCAACUGAAUCUUUGAUUCCGGAAAGAGAACAAGUUCACGAGAGCGUGUCCGCUUUGAUAUCUACAUUGGAAGAAUCAGUGACACCAACACCAUUUACACAUGUGACACGAGAACCCUCACUAACUUACGAUGAUAGUGAAAUUAGUACUCUAAGUGUAGGAGAAGGUGACAGUUUCAGAGCUAAGGCAACAUUCGAAUCAAUACUAUCAGUUGAAUCAUCUAGUGAAGGUCUAACUCAUGGAAUGAAAUCAUCAUCUGAUUUUGUGACUUUGAAAUCACACGAUCAGCUUCCUAUUGCAUCAACAGAGCACGAAGAAAAACAUUCCAAUAAGAAUCUACUAGAGCACCAAACGUCAACGGAAGCCUCUUUACGUCCUACAGUACACAAUAUUAAGCCUUCAGAGGUCUUUGAAACUGUGGAACCAACCGAAAAGUCGGCACACGAGCGGCUAACUUUACCAUUCUUGGUAGAUCAAGAUAGCGAGAUGGAAAAGGUGAAUGGAUCCUUGGCGGCUUCGACACAGCCAACGUUGACCGCAUCGCACCAUGUCUCUUUUAAUGGAAGAGAACACCACGUAACUAUCCCGGAAGAAGUUACUUUGGAUUUUGAUAAUGUACAGAUGACAGCUGCCGAGGAAACAGUUCCAGUAGUAUCAACCGAUUCCUCACAGUACACGGAUUUUGAAGACUUUAGAAAUUUGGAAGUCACACACAUGAGAGAUGAAGUGAAAACGAACGCGUCUGUAACACUCAAUGAGGUUACUACUUCCGAACUUCAUGGAAUGGAUCAAUUAACUGGUCCCAAUGAAGACACCACCCAACUUUCUCAUUCUGCAGAAAUUACUCCUUCCCUUAACGGUCUAGACGAAACGGUCGUAUCGUCAGAAAUUUUGAAAACUGAGCAAGAAUCUCCAAUAUCUACACCUUCGUUCUCUACCAACGAAGACUUAUCUUCGCAAAUUGAAGAAAUUCUUCAUGGCCAUAUGACUCUUACACCCGAGACGGAAUCCACACAUUUUAACACAAUACCAUUUAUUUGGUUUCCCGCUACAAGUAACACAACAUCUGCAUCUGUGCCACAACAUACGAGUAUAUCUUCAACCGAACAGUUAAAACUGCAGUUUCCAUCUGUAACAGAGAAACAUGAAUUAACAACCUUACCUGAACCUUUUAUGCCACUACCUGUUACGCACCAUAUCCAGACUGAAAUAUCUGUGACUUCUGAGGAGUUGUCUCCAGACGAUACUGCUAGCGCCCAGCAUGAAGAAACGUCACCGUCUAGUCUCGAACACCUGAAAACAUCAACGGAUUUGAAAUUAUCCAAAACCAAUGGAUCGCCUUAUUCCAGUAAGCAUUUCGAAGGAUCUCCCGUUCACCAACAAGAAACAGAGGCCGCUCCUAAAGUUAGUAGUUUUACUUCCCAUACCAGCGAAGUUUUUGAAAAUUUUACCGAAAUCCCAAAUUCUCAAUCAGAUGCAAUAUCAAGGUUAUUUACUUCAUCUACGUUUUUGCAAACGCUGAUUGAAAAUAUGACAGCGGUUGCUAACACUUACAAUACGAGCAAUGGUGGUGUUCAUAGUACCCCUUCUUUUUCGAGUUCUCUUGACAAAACAUCAACAUUAACCGCGGGUCCUUUGACACAACUUAGUUUCGCUACAGAAACAGAAAGCACUCAUACGGAGUUACUACCGAUCGGAAGUGUUUCGACAUUAUCUACACAUUUUAAGAAACAUGAAAAGGGAGAAAGCAUUCAUGUUCCGCCGACUAUGGAAAUUGCAGAAGAAGACUUCAAGCAUUUUAGUAAUAAAGAAGAUACCACAAUUUGCGAAAUUUGCGAAGAAGACAGUGUAAAACCUCCCAUACCGUCGAUGAGUCUUGAGCAAAAGUCAAAGGUAGAAACUAGUACUAACCCAUCAAUCUCGUUAUCUUCAAUUUCCACGAAAAUGGCCUCGCCAAUACCAACGCCAACGCAUUUUAAGAAACAGGAAAAGGGCGCAACUAGACCGUUUACGACUGUUUUGGAAAUUGCAGACGAAGAAUUGAAGCAUUUUACAAGUCAAGGAAAUGUGACGAUUUGUGAAACAUGUGAAGAAUCGACAGUGAAUACACAACAUUCCACUUUGACGAAUAACUUUCUUCAUUCUUCUGCUAGGGGGAAGUUAACAACCAAACCGAUGGCAACUGCACGUUCAGAAUCUACUAACAAUAUUAUCACGUCAGAAGUAGAAAUGAUAUCUACUACAGUAGAAGAAGCAUCGCCAACUCAUGACAAAGUUUCAAAGCCAUCCGAGUUGGGUGAUCUUUUAGAGCACCAUUCAACUAUAUCUUUAGAUACUGAACCAUUUACCAUUUCUAACGGUAGUGGGAACGUUUCGCCGGCUUCAGAGACUACGCUUGGGUCGACUCCAGAGUCUCCUAUUAAUCAUGAGGCUUCAACUAUACUUACCAGCUUGAUUCAUACGGAACAUACAGAAGCCAAUGAAGAAGCAAACCUAUCUUCCGAUAUCACUUUAGUUCCUUUUACGAUGCUUACUGACAGUGUGAGUUCUACGGCUGUAGCAUUUCCACAAGUAUCAGAGACGUCAACUCACGCACCGCACAGCGACCAGGAACAACUGGCAAGGCCAUCAACCAUGCUUAACAGUUUUAGCCAAACGGAUCACACCGAAACCAUUGAAGAGACUGAAGGUGGGGCCAAUGCACCACAACCUCAUGGGACACUUGCAACAGGAGUAUCAACUUCAUAUCUCGACGAUCAAGCAGCAGAACACUCCAAACCUAUGUCUAUGUCGCCAUUUAUACUUACCAGUUUAAUCCAAACGGUUCAUGCUGAAAGUAUCUUACCAACUAAGGCAGAAGAAGAAAUGGAACACUCUGGAACUAUCACGUUACCAGCCGAAUCUUUGACAAUAUUUACCGAAAAUGGCAACGAGUCAUCUGCAGGCUUAAAAUUUACACAAGAGACGUCAACUUCUCAACCUCUCGUACAUCCAGAGGAACACUCCGAACAUAUUGAGCUGUCAAGACCUUCAAUCGUACUUACCAACUUUAUUCAUACGGAUCAUUCCGAAACCACUGAAGCGAGCGAACCAUUUACAUACUCUGCAGCUACCAGUUUAACCAUUGAACCUUUCACAGUACUUACCGAAAGUGCUUCAUCUACUUUGGGAACUCCUACACUUACACAAAUAAAAGAGGCAUCAACUCUCCAGUCUCCCGGUGAUCCAGAGGAACACUCCGAACAUAUUGAACUGUCAAGACCUUCAACCGUACUUACCAACUUUAUUCAUACGGAUCAUUCCGAAACCACUGAAGCGAGCGAACCAUUUACAGAUUCUGCAGCUACCAGUUUAACCAUUGAACCUUUCACAGUACUUACCGAAAGUGCUUCAUCUACUUUGGGAACUCCUACACUUACACAAAUAAAAGAGACAUCAACUCUCCGGUCUCCCGGUGAUCCAGAGGAACACUCCGAACAUAUUGAACUGUCAAGGCCUUCAACCGUACUUACCAACUUUAUUCAUACGGAUCAUUCCGAAACCACUGAAGCGAGCGAACCAUUUACAGAUUCUGCAGCUACCAGUUUAACCAUUGAACCUUUCACAGUACUUACCGAAAGUGCUUCAUCUACUUUGGGAACUCCUACACUUACACAAAUGAAAGAGGCAUCAACUCUCCAGUCUCCCGGUGAUCCAGAGGAACACUCCGAACAUAUUGAACUGUCAAGACCUUCAACCGUACUUACCAACUUUAUUCAUACGGAUCAUUCCGAAACCACUGAAGCGAGCGAACCAUUUACAGAUUCUGCAGCUACCAGUUUAACCAUUGAACCUUUCACAGUACUUACCGAAAGUGCUUCAUCUACUUUGGGAACUCCUACACUUACACAAAUAAAAGAGACAUCAACUCUCCGGUCUCCCGGUGAUCCAGAGGAACACUCCGAACAUAUUGAACUGUCAAGGCCUUCAACCGUACUUACCAACUUUAUUCAUACGGAUCAUUCCGAAACCACUGAAGCGAGCGAACCAUUUACAGAUUCUGCAGCUACCAGUUUAACCAUUGAACCUUUCACAGUACUUACCGAAAGUGCUUCAUCUACUUUGGGAACUCCUACACUUACACAAAUGAAAGAGGCAUCAACUCUCCAGUCUCCCAGUGAUUACGAAGAAUACCAAUCAACCAUACUUACCAACAUUGUCGAAAUGGAUCAUACUGAAGCUACCGGCAACAUGUUCCCUUCGGAAGAGACAGAGAGUUCGGUUGAAGGCAGUGUCGCCACCAUAGAAAUGUUGGCCGAUGGCUUGCCAACCCGUUUCGUAUUAGAAAGCACCACAUCCAUCGAGGUUGGAAAUUUUACAAGCGCUACUGGAAAUACCAUGGAAAUGUCUGGCACAACACCCAUAGGAACAACAGCAGACACUAUGUUUAGAAAAACAGAGAAUCCGGAAUAUGAACAGGUCACGUUUUCUGAAAUAACCUUGGCUGAUAGUACGGAUGAACACUUUGAAUCGACGAUUGCAAUUCAAAUUUCACUCGCUUCUCAAUCGUCUGAGGGCCAUGAAGUAUUGAAAGAACAUACUGUAAUUCCAGAUGGUGCAAAUGAAGUACGUACAAACACUGAGGAGAAGGAGAAUUUUUCCGAUCAAAUCGAAACAACUUUUCCUGAAUUGUCUACUCUCCCUACAAUGAUAGAAGAUCAUCCCGAACAUGUUGGGACAUUUGGAACGAUAGAUGAAUCUGAAAUUUCAAGUAAUACUUUAGAGAGUAUAGAAACAAAGAAUUUUCCUGAAAGUUCACAACCACCCGCUCGCGAGGAAACGUCAAUGGGAGACACGGAAUCAAUUGAAACGAGUUUGAAAUACUUUGAUGAAACACAAACACUCACAAGUCCAUCUUUGACCCAUUGGCCGCAAUCAUCUACUCACCACGAAACGUUGGAGGGAGAGCAUUUAAAAUUGGAACCCUCAUCACCUCCUUUGCUUGCUCAGUCAUCAACGGUAUCUUACGCAACUUGGGAAAGUUCCAGUGGUAGUAAUGUAUCGGACGACACACAUACUGAAACAAUUUUACCAAAUGCCCAUACUGAAAGUUCAGAAAACCGAGACCAACAUUCAAAGCACGAUUUAGCUGUUACUACACAAACAUUAACCCAUGCGAGUCUGGAACAAAUUGGCAAUCUUACUGUGGAAGCUGAAAUAGAAAAACAAACAGCAGACUCUGUAGCGGCACACACACAAAUAACGCUCCCUUUUGAGAUAACUGAAGUAAACGAAGCAGAAACGCGGCACGUGCCAGAAUUUAUGUCUACAGUAGAAUUUUCAACCGACGAAAGCGAAGCUUCUCCUAGUAGUAUUCUCACCACUGGCCAACGCGGUAGUCAUGGAAAUGCUGCAGUCACGCUUCCGGGCGAAAUAACGGAGGCAAUAGAAAAUGAAGAAACGGAAACCAUGCCCAGUACCGAGUCAUCAUAUUCCUCCAGCCCUCCUCAAAGUAGUACACUACUUAAAACUGCGAUAAGCUUCAGUACGCGCAAUCGAACAGAGUUGCGAGAAUUUGAUCAGGUUACAGAAGGCGAAGAAGAUAGUGGCAAGGUUACUCAAGAAAUAGAAAAAUUCCUAACGUUAGUCGAAUUUACAAAGGUAACAGAAGACGAAAACAUGGAAGACCAGACGCCAAUGUUCUCUCCGGAUUAUGCGGCUGGAAAUACACAUGUUUUUGAAAGUGAUUCGUUCGACAGUAUAACGCUACCUCAAACUUUGCCUACUGAGUUAAUUCAUAAAUAUGAAACUACAACUUCUGAAGAUGUUUUAGAGACUGAAGUGGAAGACAGAGGUGAGUUAAGUAGCAGCACCGAAAUAAAUACACCAAUGGCUGUGAGUGAAGGAUUCACAACCUUAACAGAGCAGGUCAGCUAUGAAAUGGUGAAUGCAACGAGGUUUCUUGACGUUGACAGUGAUAGCGAGGAUCACGAAAUCUCAACUUUUUAUGAUGAAACGGGAUUUUCCCAUUCGACAGUUGAGUAUGAAGAUCUAGACCUGGAAACGGGGUCAGAAACGACUGAAAUAGUUGAUGAAACUGAUACCACGGCCACUGAACCUUCUUCGGCAGGUGAUGUCAUCUCCAAAUCUUCCGUUGCCCCUGAAACGGAAAUUGAAGAGCCUCACGGAAAUGAAACAAGCCACGUGAUAAAUGUAGGUGAAGAAACCACGACGCCAGCUGCAAAUGAAAUGUAUCUAGAGGGAUCCACUUCUGUUCAGAAUGAAACUGAGGUGUUUGAAGGAAUCUCCCACAUCAGUAUAUGA